GGGGGUUGGGGGGCUGGAGUGAGGGCCAAAAUGGCCGCUCCGGCUCGGGGCGUUUGCAGAUGCUUCAAGUGUUGUGAACAGAGACUUGUUUGGAUUAUGUGUUUCUCAGAUAGACUUAAUAAAUAUUAACAAUGGAUAAGUGCAAACACAUUGGGCAGUUGCAGCUUGCUCAAGACCAUUCCAUCCUCAACCCUCAAAAAUGGCAUUGUGUGGACUGCAACACGACUGAGUCCAUUUGGGCUUGCCUCAGCUGCUCCCAUGUUGCCUGUGGACGAUAUAUUGAAGAGCAUGCACUCAAACACUUUCAAGAAAGCAGUCAUCCUGUUGCACUGGAGGUGAAUGAGAUGUAUGUUUUUUGUUACCUUUGUGAUGAUUAUGUUCUUAAUGAUAAUGCAACUGGAGACCUGAAGUUACUCCGAAGUACACUAAGUGCAAUCAAAAGUCAAAAUUAUCACUGUGCCACUUACAGUGGACGGUCUACAGGUACAAGUGAUGAUUCUUUCUACUUACAUGAUGGCGGCCAAUCUCUGCUUCAAAAUGAAGAUCAAAUGUGUACCGCCCUUUGGCACAGGAGAAAGAUACUCAUGGGUAAAAUCUUUCGAACUUGGUUUGAACAGUCACCCAUUGGAAGAAAAAGGCAAGAAGAACAAUUUCAGGAAAAAAUGGUAGCAAAAAAAGAAGUGAAGAAAAGACAGCAAGAAUCAGAGUAUCAAGUGAAAGCAGAACUGGAAAGUAUGCCUCCAAGAAAGAGUUUGCGUUUGCAAGGUCUAGCCCAGUCCACCAUGAUAGAAGUAGUUCCUGUUCAAGUAUCAUCACGAACUCCAGCAUCACCAGCAAAAAAUAAAGUGGUAUCUACCUCAGAAGAUGUAAGAUUUAAAAAAGCCAGUGACUCCUCAGUUAAACGAAGGCCAGUGGUAACUCCUGGUGUAACAGGAUUGAGAAAUUUGGGAAAUACUUGCUAUAUGAAUUCUGUUCUUCAGGUAUUGAGUCAUUUACUUACUUUUCGACAGUGUUUUUUAAAGCUUGAUCUGAACCAAUGGCUGGCUGUGGCUGCUAGUGAUAAGACAAGAUCUUACAAGCAUCCACCUGUCGCAGAUUCAGUAGUGCAUCAAAUGAAUGAAGGCCAAGGAAAAGACAGAGGUCUUGUUUGCCCCAGACAUCCAAAUUUAUCAUCAGGACUAAGUGGUGGAGCGUCAAAGGGUAGAACUAUGGAACUUAUUCAGCCAAGAGAGCCAAGUUCACAAUACAUUUCUCUUUGUCAUGAAUUGCAUACUUUGUUCCAAGUCAUGUGGUCUGGAGAGUGGGCCUUGGUGUCACCAUUUGCAAUGUUACACUCAGUGUGGAGACUAAUUCCUGCUUUUCGAGGUUAUGCCCAACAAGAUGCUCAGGAAUUUCUUUGUGAACUUUUGGAUAAAAUACAGCAUGAACUAGAGACAACUGGUACCAGGUUACCAGCUCUUAUCCCCAGUUCUCAAAGGAAACUUAUAAAACAAGUUCUGAAUGUUGUAAAUAACAUUUUUCAUGGACAACUUCUUAGUCAGGUUACAUGUCUUGCAUGUGACAACAAAUCAAAUACCAUAGAACCAUUCUGGGACUUGUCACUGGAAUUUCCAGAAAGAUACCAAUGCAGUGGAAAAGAUAAUGCCGCCCAACCCUGUCUGGUUACUGAGAUGUUGGCCAAAUUUACAGAAACUGAAGCUUUAGAAGGAAAAAUCUACGUAUGUGACCAGUGUAACUCAAAGCGUAGAAAGUUUUCUUCAAAACCAGUUGUACUCACAGAAGCCCAAAAACAGCUUAUGAUAUGCCACCUACCUCAGGUUCUCAGACUGCACCUCAAACGGUUCAGGUGGUCAGGACGUAAUCACCGAGAAAAGAUUGGUGUUCAUGUUGGCUUUGAGGAAAUCUUAAACAUGGAGCCCUAUUGCUACAAGGAGACUCUGAAAUCCCUCAGACCAGAAUGUUUUAUCUAUGACUUAUCUGCUGUAGUAAUGCACCAUGGGAAAGGCUUUGGCUCAGGACACUACACUGCCUACUGCUAUAAUUCUGAAGGAGGGUUCUGGGUUCACUGCAAUGACUCCAAGCUAAGCAUGUGCACUAUGGAUGAAGUACGCAAGGCCCAAGCUUAUAUCUUAUUUUAUACUCAGCGAGUAACUGAAAACGGACAUUCUAAACUUUUGUCUCCUGAACUCCUGUCUAAUAGCCACCAUCCUAGUGAAGAAGCUGAUGCCUCUUCUAGUGAAAUCCUUAGCUGAUCCAAAACUGGGGCUUUCUUUUUAUUUGUAUAUAUACUUUUUAAAAGGGCUGACUUUUAAAUUUUGAAAAACAAUUUUGAGCUUUUUUUUUACUUAUGAAUCAGUGCACACUACAUUUAUACAUUUUGUAUUUAACUACACAAAUUUUUUACAAAGUAUAAAUAUACAUAUAUCAACUGCAGGUGACUAUUUUCAAGUACUUGGGAGUUUUAAACUUUUAGUGUUUACCUCAGACUGGUGUUACCUCUUAUAUUUUGAUGACUUAAUUUGCCUCAGAUCAUGAAUUGUGCAAUCUACUAAAGAAAUUCAGGUGACAUCAUUUUAUGUACAUUUGUUAUCUUUUGUAGCUAUUUUCUAUACAAAUUCUAAGUAGAUGGAAAAUUAGA